AUGUCGAGCGUAACACCCCAAGACACCGUUAAAAAUGCGACCACGUAUGCUUCUUUAGUCCGUCCUUACUCCCAGUCACCUAAACCUGUGUGGGGUCUAGCAUCUCUGUUCUUCACGUCUUUGCUCGUACCUCCAAGACCCGAAAUCCCUCCGUUGCUCCUUCGUGCCUGCUUCGGAGCCAUCUUCACAGGAGCGGGUCACGUGCUUUCUUGCGGCGAUGCACGCAACGGCAGUGGUAUCACAACAGCCUGGUCUCUCACAUAUCUUCUAAUCAACCUUCGAAAAUCGCUCACGCCUCCGCGUCAUCCUGUCUCCCUAGCACUCAGCGGGGCCACUCUGGCGUCAGCGGCGAUUUACGGCACCGAAUACUUCGUUCUGCAGAAAGAUGAAGAGCGACAGUGA